GCGAACAAUCCACCCUACUUGUCGCAUACAAACAGCUUACGGAAUCUCACUUUUCCCGCGGUAUUAUCCUCGUCAGCAUGUGGCCGUCGUCUAUUCGUCCUCCAACUUCCUCCUCCGUGUAACGUGUUUCUGUGCGACAGAAGAUCAUCGUUGUCGAACGCGUUGGCCUCUGAGAUCUAUUCUUUGCCUGUCAAGAAUCUCCUGACCUCUUUUGAUUUCAAUUACUUUUUCUGCUUUGUCCCCCCUUCUUUCGCCUACUGUGGGGGAGGUCUUCCUUCGAAGUUGUCACAUUUUUGACGUCUUUUUUCACCUUUUUUCCCCUUCCCUGACCCCUUUCUUUUUCUUUUUUUCUUUUUUUUUGCAACCUUUCCAGAUCAGCCGUUCCGGUUCCCUCUCGGAUCUCCUGACUUUUCAAGGUCUUGUCGUCAAGGUUCGACUCGACAUUGAUCAUGGCAGCGGAGUCCGAGAGGUCGCCUUACCGCAAUGGUACCUCCGGUGGAUCCAGGAGGGCCCAAAAAGAUGAGGCUGCAACGUCUACGUCUCGGCGAUCUACUAGUGAAGGUGACAUGAUAGAGGUGCCACGUUCAACGUUUAAUUCCCAGGUCCAGGCCUCCCUCGCAUCCCAGAUGCCUAAACUCACCCCUGCAGUUCCUGGGCUAUCAGCACCAGCUUCGUCAACGAACUCUGCUAUAUCCUCUCGUGAAUCCUCCCCCGUUCGCUCGGCCCAUCGCCCGCGCAAUUCCGCCUCGAAUUCCCGCCUUUCUUCUCGUUCACAUAGAGCCAGUGCAGGUCGCAGCCCGAGUAGGUCGAGUUUUGUUAAGAGGUCAGGGUCGGAUACACUUCCAUCCGCAACUGCCGUGCAGCGGAUACUGUCCCAAACCAACAAGCCUCUCAUUAUUAAUCCUCCCUCCAAUGCCGAACCGUCGACCGAUGCUUCGAGUCCGGAGAAGCCUAACAUGCCGCUAUGGGCCACGUCUGGUCGGGCGGAGCAAGAGCCGACCCUGCCCAAUAUCUCUAGCAAACGAUCUCUGCUAUCCGACGAUUCCAAAUCCGAUCGCAGUGCGCCCCGCUCCGUAAACAGAAGCAUCAACGCUCCUGUUUCCGCUCUCGAAACUGUCCAAGAGAUGGCCAGUGACCAAUCAACGCCGUCAACCGAGACAAUACUAAACCAACCUGCACUCGAGCAGUCACGGUUGCAGAAUAUAGAGGAGGAUAGCACGCCAAAGGCUUCUAGGCAAAAUGCUGAGAGUGGCAGUGAUAGCGGAGGGAACAAAAGCUUGGAACUCAUGGAAGAGAACAACCGACGUCGUGGCUCCGGAGCCAAGGGCCCCGAUACUCUGAUUCCAAAACGGUCCUCUACGUCGCUUGGGGGAGCCCGUGGUAAGCCGACAGAUGGAUCAGUAAGAAACAUGAUCGUCGAAACUGAGACGGUCACUUCCAUACCUCAGGUCUCCCUAGGUGUGGUGACAGGGGACCGGAGCAAUUCUGGUCGUGUAGACCCGAGCACUCUCCGAAUGAAACCCAGCACUGAAACUAUUCGCCCGAAGAAGGAGAAGAAAAGGACGCGCAAGCCGACAACCCUGUCUAGCGGAGCAGCAUCUUCUAAGGCGGACAUCUUCGAAGCCAAAGUAGCCAGCGCUGUAGAUGAGGCUGAUGUAUCUGAUUCUGACGAGACAUUCGUUUAUGAGUCUAACCCACCUGAUCCAUACCCUGUGAGACAGAAUCGAUAUCAUUCCCGUACGCCUAGCGCGACAUCCAUGGCGAGCCAGGUCGACCAACUGGGCACUCGCGGGCGCCCUGGGAUGCGGGAUGGGAACCAUAGCGUCACAGGAAAGCGCAGCAUGAAGUUUACCAAUAACACGUACGCCGGCAGUGUCGACGGGGAUGCAGCAGAAGAUAGUGCUCGAAGUCAUUCAAGGGUUGAUGGUGGCGGGGCUCAUACUCCACGUCACCAUCAUAUUGGGCGGUAUGGGCGCAACAAUGCGUAUCCGUCCUUGUUCGAUAGCGACUCGCCAUUUCCCCAGUCCCAGGCGUAUCCCAAAUCUCCCCGGCACUUCAUCGGGGGGUUCCGGCAAUCUCGACACUCCGGCGCUCGUGGAGGCCCGAACUACCGCACGAUCAAUAAUACCAGGAAAGCGGGAGAAAUAUAUGGCUACGACUUCGAUGCGGAAGGCGCAGAUGAUGAACGGACCCCUCUAGUAGGCUCACCACGUUUAACUCGAAGCCGUCACGGCAAUCGGCGACCUGGGAGUGCUAGUUUACGUCAGAUGGAAUACAUGCAACAGCGGCAACGUAGCUGUUUUACACAGUACGGUGCUUGCGUUGUUAUUAGCCUUUUACUCCUAGUCGUCAUUGGAGGCGCCACGUCGUUUAUUGUCGGCAUUACCAAGUCGCUUGUGAAUGUCCAGAUCCUUGCUAUCCAGAACGUCCUCGCUUCUGAGCAAGAAAUCAUGUUGGACCUCAACGUAAGCGCUAUCAACCCCAACCUCUUCCCUGUCGCAAUUGACGACAUGGAUAUGAAUAUCUUUGCGAGGAGUCGAUUUGUUGGUACAGACAAACUAUGGCGUGAUCAUGGAUCCGAUUUGAGUAACUUCCCUCGAGUUGAAGACAGCAGAAAACGAGCCCGUUUGGCUAGCCUGGCACGCUGCGCCGGAAGCAGCGGUUGUCUAACAAAUGCAACAACUAUAUCAGAGCAUGUUCUGCGCACUGAUGGGGGUGUUGACAAAGGCACCGAUCCUAUCCCCACUGACCCAGCGGGUGAUCCCCAGACAAUGCUAUUAGGCCGUGUUUUCCGUUUUGACUCGCCCCUGACCUUUGAGGCGUCGCCAUGGAACUACAUGCCGUCCACCUCCAAGGGGCAGAUUCGUCUCGCUCGACCAGGAAAUAAAACAGAGGAAGGCGGCACAGAGCGAUGGGAACGUGUACUUCAGCACCCGUUUGAGCUCAUUGUUCGCGGUGUUGUGAAAUACCAGUUACCGCUGAGCUCUCGGUUCCUUUCAGCCUCUGUCAGCUCCAGUGUUAAAGUGGUACCGGAUGGAGGUGACAAUGGCGCUGGGGAUAAUGAUGAUGGCGAUGAUGGCGACAAACCUAUGCCUGGGGCCAAUGACACUGUCACCAUAUCGAAGACAAGGUCACAUCGCCGGAGUUUACUCGAAUCCCGUCAAGUAGCGCCUUCACGCUCAACCCUCGAAUCCAUACGAGAAGCACUUAGGAUGACCGGACAAUUAUUCACAGCUUGAUUACUUUCGAUCUUCGGACAAUUCUCCAUUAGUGACGAACAACUGAAGAUGGCACCAUCUGUUUUCGCCUCACACCAUUUUUGUAUAUUCCUAUUGCUUUGACUAGAGCCUCUGUCUGCAUGCUAAACAUUUCGUCUUCUCCCUCACAUCUGUUGCAGGAGUGGUGGCUCUUGAUGUUGCUUAAGCUUCCUAAUGUUUUUGUUCACCACAUGAACAAGGAUCCUUCUUAAUCCGGGAGUUACUUCAUCUUGCGAAAAGGGGCAGUUAAUGGAAGCUUAAUACCCACAUGAUUGCUCGUUUGAAAUAAUGGUUUUUUU